AAAGCAAUAUGGCGGUCGCAGACAUCGUAAUAAAACAAGAAUCGAUCGAAGCUGUUGAUCUCGAAGGCAAAAUUCUGGCGUUAUGCGUAGAGAACGGAAAAGGAAUCUCCGAUGCUGUUAUACAGCAGAGUAUGCCCAGUAUACCAGCGCAGCAACGCGUUAUGGCAAUAAACCGACUUUUAUCCACGGGUCGUUUGGAGUUACUUAAGAGUGGAUCAACGCUGCUUUACAGAUAUAAAGACAGUGAAUCUGUUUCAAAAGUCAAGGGAUUUGAAGUGGAAGAAAAGUUAAUUUAUCAGAUCAUCGAAGAAGCUGGGAAUAAGGGAAUAUGGAUACGCGACAUUCGUUACAAAUGCAAUCUUCAAUUAACCCAAGUAAACAAGAUUCUCAAGACAUUAGAGAGCAAGAAGUUGAUUAAAGCCAUCAAGUCCAUAGCGGCGUCAAAAAAGAAAGUGUACAUGCUGUUUAACCUCGAACCCGAUCAGUCUGUCACCGGGGGCUCGUGGUACAGCGAUCAAGAUUUCGAGUCGGAAUUUGUAGAAGUGCUCAAUCAACAGUGCUUUAAAUUUUUACAAACGAAGGCAGCCGAUGCAAAGAAGGUAUCCAGCGAUCCUUUUGCACAUAAAAAUGCGUCCUAUGGUUCCUCACAAGAUAUAUUGAAGUACAUCACCGAUCUCGGCAUAAGCAAGGUCCAGUUAUCCAUCAAAGACAUAGAAACAAUUUUAGACACUUUAAUAUUUGAUGGGAAGUUAGAAAGAACUAUAGUCAACGAUACAUCGGCGGGAUCAAGUAGCCUGGGAGAAUAUAAACAAAAGAAACUUUAUAGAGCGAUUAGGCCCAUCGUAUCUUCAACGGGACAUGUGCGAGUGCCUUGUGGCGUUUGUCCGGUUGUGGACAAAUGUGAAGAUGGUUCCGCUAUAUCUCCAAGCACGUGUAUUUAUACGAAAGAAUGGUUAGAAUACUGAAUCGAUGUGAAAACAAACAACAUUUGCAGAAACUAACCACACUGACCGCUAAAACAUUGACCAAAAUAUUGUCUUAAAAGCUACCUAAUGUAAUAUAAAGAAUUGUGUGUAAAUUAUUUGCCAGCAAUUGUAAAGAGUAAAGAUUAAAG